AUGGUGACAUUCGUCACUUUUCUCACUGUACCUCGCUGCCAUAGUCAUCGAGUUCCCACCAACGCUAGCAUUGGCAUCCGAAACAGAUUCGACGUCGGACUAUUUAUCUUCGCCCAAAUUCGUUCUCGCUCAAAAAGUACCACCACCCGCGUGCGAGAAGUUCAGUAUAGUGACGACAAUGCAACUGCGAACCUUCAGAGAUAUGAAAACCUCGAGAAAAGCACAAGCAGCAGUGCUGGCUACGGCAUCUAUAUAUGUAUCCAAAUACAGAUCUAUCAUAGUACAGAUCUAUCUAUCUAUCUAUCUAUCUAUAGCAGUUUCUUCAUAUCCCUCUCAGUUUAUUCAUACCAAUCUAUAUAUCUCACUAUAUUCACGCAUUUCUGUCUGUUUCUCUCUCUGUCACUCAACCUAUCAGAUUUGUUAUUCCUAUCUAUCUAUCUAUCUAUCUAUCUAUCUAUCUAUCUAUCUAUCCGUUCAGCGUCACUGUCUCUGUCUGCCUGUCUCUCUCUAUCUAAACCGGAUUUAGCAGCCAUUACUCAUGGAAUAUCUAUAAUUCAGCUUUUCUUCAUAUUUAAAACAAACAUCCAAUAA